UAAGAUUCAGACCCAAGACCUGAGUGUUUGCAGAAACCGGCCUUCCACCCUGCACAGGAGCCCCAGCUGGAGACAGGAGGUCCACCAUGGCUCCAGAGAAAUCCUUCAGACUGUUCCCACUGCUAGUUCUAGCACUGUUGGUGCUGACCUGGGUCCAAGUAUCCAUGGGCAAGGAAUCCCAGGCCAUGAAGUUCCUUCGGCAACACAUGGACUCAGAUGGUUCCUCCAGCAGUCCCACCUACUGCAACCUAAUGAUGCAGCACCGGAAUAUGACCCAGGGAUGGUGCAAGCCAGUGAACACCUUUGUCCAUGAGCCUGUGGAAGAUGUCCAGGCUGUCUGCUUCCAGAAAAAGAUUUCCUGUAAGGAUGGUCAGAGCAUCUGCUACCAGAGCAAUGCUAGGAUGAACAUCACAGACUGUCGUCUUACAGGUAACUCCAAGUACCCCAACUGUACCUACCGGACCAGCCAGAAAGAAAGACACAUCAUUGUGGCCUGUGAAGGGAAUCCAUAUGUGCCAGUCCACUUUGAUGCUUCUGUAGAGAGCUCCACAUAAAGCCACAGCAUGAAGACAUGCCCCUUCCCCAACCUUACCACUUCCUCUUCCUUUCUUGCCCUGAAACAACAACUUCAUUGGCUCCUAUCCAACAUGCAUGUUUCCUCUCCCUGAGUUUUGUUCCUACAUGGCUCUAGGGGUGAAGAGUAAUUGUGAGGUAGGCCCAUGGAAACUUCCUUCUCUGCUUGUAUUAAUAAAACCUAGUUGCAACCAUUUGAUUCUGGAA